ACGCCUGGGCUCCCCAACAGGAGCUGCGGCGCCCGCCGGUCUCCCACCGCCUCGGCCGCUGCCGCCUUUUGAUCUGGCCGCCGCCUGAUCCUCUGACAGGCUGCCGGGCUGGGUGACGCACGGGCAGGGGUGCCCAAUGGGAGCGGCGCCGAGCCAGGGGCCCGACGGCAGGCGCGCUAUAAAGCGGGGCCGAGCCGGCGUAGAGGAGCAGGCGCAGGGCGGAGCUGGAGCCUUUUCCCGACCUUUGAGCGCUUUCCUCUCUGCCUGCCUACUCGAGGCACGGCGCGCAGUGCCCGCCUGCCCGCCCGGCAAGGCAUCCCCAGCUACUUCUUGGCCGCUCCAGUUGCAGAGCGCGCCCGCGUCGCUUAGCCGGCCCGCCUCCCGUGCUGGGCAGGGUUCCCCACUCCCCUGGCCAGAGCAGCUCGCCUCCUUGGGCUCCGGGGUCCCUCCGUCCGGGGAGGGAGAGGGCGCGCUCUUUCCAAAGUUCUUGAUCCUCCAGGGAAAGUCCUCUUAACGCGCAACGCUUCUAAAUCGGCCCUUGGGGCGCCGCCGGGGACUGCCAGGGUUCGGCGUCUCGGGGGCGCACGGACGGUCACCCUUCUAGGUAGCUCACGGGGGCGCACGGAGGAGUCCCCCGGCUCCAGGCGCACGCUUGGCCGGAUGGAGCGCAUGAAGGCGCGGGCGCUGCUGGAGCAGCCUCUGCGAGCUGCCAGCUGGAACGGCUACGCGCGGCCGGAGAAGCCUCCGCAGCAGCAGCCGCUGCCCAGUCGCUCGGGAACCGGGGCCGGGGAAGCCGGCUCCCGCUGCCCGAAGGCUGAGGCCAGCGGACACCCCUUCGAGAGCUGGAAAGAGGAGCGGACCCGCAGCGAGGAGGACAACGAGAUGAACUUGCCCGGCCUGGCCGCCGCCUACACCACCAUUCUGCGCGCCUUGGGCGAGGACCCGCAGCGCCAAGGGCUUCUCAAGACCCCCUGGAGGGCGGCUACGGCCAUGCAGUUCUUCACCAAAGGCUACCAGGAGACCAUCACAGAUGUGCUAAAUGAUGCCAUAUUUGAUGAAGACCAUGAUGAAAUGGUGAUUGUGAAGGACAUUGACAUGUUCUCGAUGUGUGAGCAUCACCUGGUUCCGUUUGUUGGAAAGGUGCACAUAGGGUACCUUCCCAACAAACAAGUUCUCGGACUCAGCAAGCUUGCCAGGAUUGUUGAAAUAUACAGCAGAAGAUUACAGGUUCAGGAGCGCCUCACAAAACAGAUCGCUGUUGCCAUCACAGAAGCCUUGCAGCCCGCUGGUGUCGGUGUAGUGAUUGAAGCCACACACAUGUGCAUGGUGAUGCGGGGGGUUCAGAAAAUGAACAGUAAAACUGUUACCAGCACAAUGCUCGGGGUGUUCCGGGAAGAUCCAAAGACCCGGGAAGAGUUUUUGACACUCAUCCGCAGCUAAAACUGUGCCGUCCUUCCCUGGACUCCCUCUCUGGACUGUCUUAUCUGCUGUCACUGUUGGUUCCUUUGCUGGUUGUUCCCAUCUUGUCAUUUUAUUUUUUUUUAAAGUAGCUGUCAAUUUAAAUUCUGUUUUACUUCUCAUUGGUUCUGUAAAAGGUUCUUUAUGGUAAGUCCGAUGUACCCCUUGAUUUGCUCAAGCAAGACCUUCAUCUCGGAGGUUCUUGAUAGCGUUGGAAGGGGCCUAUAAGGCCAUUGAGUCCAACUCAACCCCCUGCUCAGUGCAGGAAUCCAAAUUAAAGCAUACCCAACAGGUGGCUGUCAAGCUGCCUCUUGAAGGCCUCCAGUGUUAGAGAGCCCGCCACCUCCCUACGUAAUUGACUCUAUUGUCGUACCGCUCUAACAGUUGAGUUUUUCCUGACGUUCAAUUGAAAUCUGGCUUCCUGUAACUUGAGCCCAUUAUUCUGUCCUGCACUCUGAGAUGAUCAAGAAGAGAUCCCAGCCCUCCUCUGUGUGGCAACUUCUCAAGUACUUGAAGAGUGCUAUCAUCCCUCCCCUCAGUCUUCUCUUCUCCAGGCUGAACAUGCCCAGUUCUUUCAGUCUCUCCUCAUAGGGCUUUGUUUCCAGUCCCCUGAUCAUCCUCAUUGCCCUACUUUGAACCAAUUCCAGUUUGUCUGCAUCCUUCUUAAAGUGUGGUGUCCAAACAGUACUCAAGAUGAGGCCUUGUUUCCAGUCCCCUGAUCAUUUUUGUUCCCUCUUCUGAACCCGUCGGUGUUAUGUGACCCUUCAGGGCAGAUUCUCACACAGUGCAGUCUGUUAUUUUUAUGGGUGGGGCGCAUAGGAUUUUACAAAUUUUGUAGUGCUUUUUAAGGCAACCGUUCCCAAACACCCCCCUCCCCCAGACCAAAUUGCUUAGGGUCUCAGCAGAGCACCUGAUUAUUUUUCUGCCUCCUGCAGCAAUUCUGCUGUGUGAGAUGCUGUAUGGUGUUUUAAUUGUGUUUGUAACGGUUUCCGAUAUAUUGUGUUUAAUUGUGUUGCCGUUUGAAUUCCAUAGAAUUUGAACUGUAACACAAUCAUAUACAAUAUUAAGAAAUAAAUGUAGCAAUAGAAAUAGAAUGAAAAAUGAAUAUGUGUGUUCAGUGCAAUGGACAUGGUGCCUCCUAUCUGCAGCCAGUAAUCCACAGACAGGCCACCAUUUUUCCACUUUAAACAGUCAUGGCUUCCCCCAAAGAAUCCUGGGAGGUGUAGUUUGUGAAGGGUGCUGAGAGUUGUUAGGAGUCUUGUAUUCCCCUCACAGAGCUACAAUUUUCAGAGUGGUUUUAACAGUCAGUCCCACUUCCCAGAGAACUCUGAGAAUUGUAGCUCUGUGAGGGGAGUAGGGGUCACCUAACAACUCUCAGCACCCUUCACAAACUACUCGUCCCCAGAUUCUUUGGGAGAAGCUGUGACUGUUUAAAGUGGAAUAAUAGUGGAAUAAAUGGAUGGUGUGAAUGUGGCCCCAAUGAUCUCCAGUUUGCCAGGAACAGGCCCCUUCAGUCAUCAAAUGCCUGGGUAAACAGGAAUGUUUUCACAUCUCUCCCCAAAGGAGAGAGACACACAGCUCAUUGGGGAGGGCAUUCCACAAGCAGGGAAUUACCACUGAAAAGGCCCUGUCAGAGGUCAGUGCCAACUGAGGAGCCCCUGGUGGAAGCGUUGCCAACAAGGACUCACCUGCCAAUUGUAGGGUCCAAGAUGGUUGAUAUUGGAGAAGGCGCUCUUUUCGAUGCUGGGUUCCCAAGCCAUUUAGGGCUUUUUAUGUUCGUACUAACACCUUGAAUUGGGCGCGGUGGGUCACUGGCAGCUAGUGCAGCGCUUUCAGGACUGGUGACUCAUGGUCUCGUUGGGCUGCCCCACUCACUAGCCUAGCAGCUGCAUUCUGAUUGAAUAACGUUAGCUAUUUAUUGAGCAUUCGUUCUGAUUUGUUUGCAGAGGGAUUAGAUGAUGAUUGUGCCAAAGCAAUUGUUACCUCACGCUUUCCAGUGCAUUUCCCUGUCGCUUUCCUUAUUGCAGAAAUUCAGAUCUUUGGGGGAAGCGGGUUUGUUGUGCUAGAGCCCCCCCAUCAAAUAUAAUUGCGCAACCUGAAUUUGCCAGUAUGCGACUGAAUCCCACCUGAAAAUAGCAGUCUGGAAGCGCCAAGUGCUAUCUCUGUCGGAUGCUGAAUUGCAGAGUCUCCCUGGCAAACCUAGCAGGUUUUGUCUUCCAGGGAAGGGGUUGAGGCUUGGCCACUCUUACCCCAUGGUGAGCAAAGAUACCAAGGUCACAAAGCUGAGACUCCAUACAGCUCGUGUUGGCUCUGGUUGGCUGUGCGGUGGGGCCUGAUGUAGGCUGAAGUGCUCAUAAGAACAUAAGAACAUAAGAAGAGCCUGCUGGAUCAGGCCAGUGGCCCAUCUAGUCCAGCAUCCUGUUCUCACAGUGGCCAACCAGGUGCCUGGGGGAAGCCCGCAAGCAGGACCCGAGUGCAAGAACACUCUCCCCUCCUGAGGCUUCCGGCAACUGGUUUUCAGAAGCAUGCUGCUCACCUCUCCUUGACUCUGGAAAUGGAACUGCUGUCACGGCUUAACCAAAUUCAGGCUUAGUUAGACGUGGCUUUGGUGGGGCAUCCUCUGUUGCUUCAAAGUAAGCAGCAUUCUGCACCAUUGAAAGCAGGAUUCCACAACCAGAGACGCUUUGAGUUCUGAAACCAGAGAAAAUUUGCAUAAUUCUGCCAUUCCUGGAGAGGAGCACAGAGCAGCGAUGCAGGGCACUGAAAAUCCUUCUCCCCAGACAUUUUGCUCUGCCUCCUCCCUAGUUUCUGACCUGUGACCAGCCCAUCACCCUUUCACGGGGACACUUUUCAGUGGAUGUUAGAGUAGGUUACCCGUCCCACCCCAUUUCUUUUGUGUAACCAGAAUGCCAUCCUUGUGAGAAGUGGCUCAGUGCAGCUGAUCUAAAUCAUUGUGCUCUGAGCAGAAAACUUAAGGGGAUUUUUAAAGAAUCCCUUUAAUUAGAGAAGGUGCACUAAUUGGAAGCAACUGUUGAGCAGGCAUGAAGGCCCCUAAGCCUCUGAUCCAUUUACUCGCUAUUUGGGAAAUGCAUCAUUCAGUGAGACCUGGAUCGGUCAGUCAAUACAGCCCAGGUGGAGAAUCUGUGAUGUCCUCCAGAGGUUGCUGGGCUGCAACUCUCCUGAGCCCCAGCCAGCUUGUCCACUGGCCCCAGGGAUGAUGGGAGCUGUUGUCCCAGAAACAUUGGGCCACAGUUUUCCCAAUUUGUGCAAGAGAACGCUCAGACUUGUUCUUUAAACUGUUGUGUUCCGAGGGCUGUUGCCCUCCUGCACUGCUGAUUGGCUUCCAAGAGGCGCCUGCCGCUCUGACAAACAGGAUGAUGGGCUUCAAAGCAGGACUCUUAACAUGGGGCUCAUUCACACGGGAGCUGAACUUCGCCAUAAAGAUUUAGCUUUUGCCAUCGUCAUAGAUUUGCAAGGUUCACGCUUCCUGCCUUCAAAUCUGCUGUUUUCCUUUCACACAAGUAGCCGUGCCCCUGGAAGGGUUUAGUAUCGCUGUUUCCUUAUGGCCCUGCCCCUAAUGUUACAUGCUUACUCCCUCCGGAGUAUCAAUAUUGCUAAUGGAGAAUGGGAGGGUUUUUUUUUGUCUUUCAUUGUUUCUUGUCAAUUUCAUGCAGCUGACAGGAGAGCCUGGGAGUGCAAUUGACAUGAAACUGUAUGAAACUGAAUAGAGGGGGGAGUGAGUGAAAGGCAGCUUUUGUGGGAAGCAGAGAGAGAGGGAGCUGGUGAAGGGGCAUAAGAGAGCCCGCCCACUAAAAAAACAUUGAGGCAAAGCGCCUACACGGAGGAGCGCAGCGAACCUGAGAUGGUUUUUCCUUUUCGCAUUAAAAUUGGAUUGGGUUGAUACGGGAAAACUGUGUGAUAGCUGCUGGUUGCCUGCAACGUCAUGUGAACCAUGCGAAUAGAACGGGGAUGCAAGUAGCACCAAUCUCACAGUAAGUCAUGUGAAUGAGCCGAUUAUUAGGUAUCGUUCAUCAGAACUACAACACAACGCAAAGGGGAAGGGCCGUGGCUCAGUGGUAGAGCAUCAGCCAUGCACACAGACGGUCCCUGGUGUCUCUGUGUCUAAAACCUUGAGAGCUGCUGCCAGUCAGCAUAGACAAUACUGAGCUAGAGAGACCAAUGGUCUGACUCGGUAUAAGGCAGCUCCCUAUGUUCCUAUGCAAGGUUAUUCCAACUAAUUGCUCUUCUUUUGUAUGUUGUACACCGCCCAGGGAGCCAUUGGCUAUGGGCGGUUUAUAAAUGAAAUUAAAUAAAUAAAUUCCUCUGAUCUGUAUCCCCUGGGAGGCAAGUGUGAGCUAACUAAACCAAAGGCCACCCAGUAAGCCUCAUGGCUGGAUGGCUGCAGCAGUGAUGGCUGUGGUCAAUUGGGACUGGAGGGACAGAAGGCAGGGCGCCCAACAGGAGGUGGAGCCAGAGCCAAUGAUUGGUGCAGCCAGAGCGAAUGAGAGGCGGAGCCAGCUGAUUCUAGUAUUGCUCCCAUCUGCCUCCCUGCUGACUUCUGUAACGCAACCCUGAGACUGAGGAAGCUGACAGGCCAGGCCACCCCCCCUGGACUGGCUGUAAUUAAAGCGGCAAGCAGGUGCCUUCUGGCUGAGGUGGGGCAGUGGCCCAUUUGCCCUAAUUGGCCAGCCUCCGCUAGGCUAUGGCUCAGUGGUAGAGCCUCUGCCUUGCAUCCAGAAGGCCUCGGGUUCAACCCCCGGCGUUCUCCAGGUAGGGCUGGGAGAGAUUCUCCACCUGAAAUCCUGGAGAGCUACUGCCAGUCAGUGUGGACCAUACUGAGCUAGAUGGCCCAAUGUUGGCUGACGACGGCUUCCUCCAAGUGGAGAUUUCAGCCGAUCUCCCUGGCUUGAAUCCAUCAAACUUUCCGUGACUGCCCCCCUAGCUGGCUUUGCAGAUUGCACUGGAGGGUUUCAAAGCCUUAAAUCGCCUUUCAGCUGAAAUUGGGUGAGUCUUUGUUGGAGGGGGAAAGAGCAGGAAGACCAGCAAGAUUUUAAAUGGAUGUUUACUCCUUGAAAGUGAAACGGCCCUCCAGCCUUUCCCAACCUAGCCGUGCCCUUUUGAUUACUGUCGGACUCGAACUCCCAUCAGCCCCAGCCAGUGUGGCCCAAUGGGGCAGGGAUGAUGGGUGCUGCACAACAAAAGACUUGGACGUUACCGGGGUGGGGAAGGCUGUUAACGCCCUGCCUUGCUCAGGAGAGCAGAGGCGUUGCAUUUUUCAUUCGGGACAGAGCUGGUUUCAUCGCUGUCCAGGCUCUGCUUUUUGUUUCAUCCUGGGAGUCCUUCAGAUGUACCUCUGAACUGGCACUGCGAUGCAAGCAAACUCCUGGCAACUUCCCAAUGUGCAAGAAUUUCCUAUUCCAUUUCACCUCCACCGCGAGCAAAAGGAAGUUCCAAGUGGCUUGUGCCCUUCGUGGCCUUAAACGUGUUGAGCAGUGUCAUAUGGUUUGGUGAAUUAUUAUUGUUUACAGCAAGCCUUCCCAACCUGAUGCCAUCCAGAUGUGUUGGGACUCCCUGGUGGGAGUCGUGGUCCAAAACAUCUGGAUAGCGCCAGAGUGAGGAAAUCUUGCUUACGCCUCUUCCUCUUUUGUGAACACUAUAGAACUUGACCCUUAACCACCCUGGACUGUGCCCAGCUUGUGUGCACCCACACAAACACAUAUGUAAACCACGCACAGUCUGUCAAUGUGUUCUCUUUCUGUCAAACUCUGUUCUAUUUAAAAUAUUAAAAAAUAAGAUACA